GUAGCCAUAUCAAUGUGGUACGAGAUAUAAAAAAUGUAUGCACCUGAAUAACUCGUGAUAGUACUCGAACUAGCUUCGUAUCGAGCGCAUGGACGCGUGUGUUUCGUUUCUUACGGAAGCCAAAAUAAACGAGGAGCACGCGAGAGCAGGGAGUUUUGUUUAUUUUCGGGAAAGGAGCGAUUGCGGCAUUGGACUUUUGCGGGAUCGGGGCUCGGAGCCAAAGGCUUUUGCGUUAUCUCCAAAGCCAUAUUUUCGCAUGACUCCUUCGGUCGGUGUAAAAUCCUCGAGUGUCACGUCACUGCGAUGAACUCUUGGAACGAUCGAACGCACCGGAGACGAGAGAGUUGCUCUCGCGGCGUAGAAUAUUCUGUGGCGUGGUAGCGACGCGAGUGUCGUCGCACGCGAUUUUCAAGCACGAGUAAGAGAUUCUCUUGUGCGGAGAGUUCCAAGAGUCACGGUCCGACCGAGGGAACGGCUCGAGCAUGAAAUUCUGAAAAGAAAAGUCUCCAGAUUUUUUCGUCCGCUGCGCCGCGGGGCCCGGGCUCUGACUCGUCGAUAAACACGGCUCGGAAACGCGGUCUCGGAGAGGAAAACUUCGAAGGCAGGCGACGAAUCUUCAACGUCUUUUGAAGCGUCCUGUACGAGUUGGGUCGGCGAGUAUAGAAGCGAGAAUCAACGCGGACGGCAAAAGAUGCGAAGCACACGCAGCGAGAGCGUCAAGUAGGUCGUCGGGUUUUUUUCUCGCUCUCUUUUUCCGCCGCAACAACUUCGGGCUCUCCAUAAUCCACACCCGUGCACUUGAUGAACCGGGCUGACCUCACAGCCUGGCAUAGAUUGGUAACGCUCGCUUUUCCUCUCCCUGCGCCCGCCGGGAGGUUCGACUACGCAACAAAGUUUCUCAGCACCGCGUACGGCGAUGGGCAAUAACGCAGCGUUUCUUAUCAUCUCGACGCACGAAUUCGUUUGAAAAAAUUCACGAACGGGCUGAACGCCUGAACCGAGGCGAAUUCGGCUGUGAAGAAAUCGCCUGGAAAUUGGCUUCGCCGAGAACGAACUUCGCUACGAGGAGUAAACUCCGUUAAUAAUGCAACUAUAAGUGCGCUCAGCGAGCGCAAGGAAAAGAAGGCCGCUCGCCUGUUGCACUCCACGCGGUUUCUCCUCCCAUUGAUGCCAUAUCGUGUUAUCCUAUUUUUAGAAAUGAUACGACUCGUGUUGAGAAUACACAUUAAGUAGACCUCGCCGUUGCCUAUUGCGCAGAUCAGAUACGAGCAGUUCUCCAGGCUGCUUCUUUUCCACAGUCCCGAGACGAGGUCGUUAAUCGCAGCAAGCGAGGAAAGAAGCUGUGAAAAAUCUCGUUAUUACUCAUUUCAAAACUCCAGUAAAUUGCAAACAAAAAUGUGACAAAAAAUCGAGAUAAAAGCGACACUAAAAAAUUGGAGUAAAAUGUGCAGCCAAAUUUAUUUGCGCGUUCCCAUGAUCGCUCGUCGCACGUGGAACGUGCCGGUCCGCCGGACGCGUAUAAUUAGCGAGAACAGACAUUUGCGCCAUUCUUACGUUUGCCCUUUUUCGCUGCUAUUUUCGCCAGGCUCGAUAUUCUUACUCUCCGCUAUAAAAACGCCCGCGUAGACAAAGAGACGGGUCUCGGAUCCCCGCGAGUAACUCGGAGCUCCGAGUGACGGGUAAAUAAUACGAGCUUAUUCCCGGAGUGUAUACACGACGAAGGCGAUUCAUAGUUUCCGAGAUAAUCAGGGUCAGUGGAUCGGGCUAUUUCGGAACGAAAAGUCUCGUGAGUUUUUGAGCUUCGGUCGAUUUGCACUGGACCAAUGCCUGCUGACCGAGGGCACUUGUCACGCCCCCUUCUCGGGUGUCAGCGUCCGGAUUGGCCUCCGGUGAAUCUUCCAACGAUAUUUCGAGCGGUGGGUCGCCGAAGACGAUCGCUGGAGACGCUGUGAGAUCGGAGUUCCAUGAGCCUGUCGCGAGCGCCUACGAAACUCCAUUUCCCAAGGUGAACGGGACUCCGUUUAAUCGAUGGUACUAACCGCCGUCGUAGUCUGAACACGGGCCUCCUUAAACCGGUUUACCUCAGUUGUCAAUUGAAUGCAGCCGGGCGCGCGCGCGUGUCCGAAAGACGAACGGUGGAAGUUUUGUCCGAUGGAAGAGUGUUUGUUGCACAGCGUGCCGUGUCGCUAAAAAACGUUUGAUGACGCAAGCGAUUUUUAAAACGAUUUUUCGUACCUGGAGCGACGGUUUUUUUCGAAUUUCGUCGGCUGGAAAUGGCCGAUGAGAAUCGAGCCUCAAGAAUUGAUUUUACGAUUGUUGCGCCUUUUGAUCCCGAGUGGAAGAUUUGAACAACAAUCGUAACGAGAAAUCUCAUUCUUCUGCAUCGAGAGAGAGAAAAGCGACGCGCGCAGUGCUCCGAAAGCGUCCAGGCCUGGGAAAGCACAUAUAAAUAUGCCGAGAAACGGGUUAGAGUGGCCUUCAAGCUGGGUUUUUAGGAAAGACGAAAAUAUAACGAACGUGGAGCGCAUAAAGCUGACGAGUGAAGAGCAGCGUGAAUUGGGUUGCACGGUCGGCGAGUGCGUGUUCCUAGAAUAUCCAUGGGCUUACGUGACGGUGGGAUCGGCAAGAAAACUCGUCGAGCGCGCCGGCUCGAGUCUGGAAGCUCACAGGGAUUUAAUCAAAGCGUACGAAGCGCAAGAAUUCUUGGUCGGUUACGCCUCGGAUGAGCUGACGUCGAGCGAUUUCGUGAUCUGUUUGACGGAGGCUGCGCGGGAUGAAAUUCGAUCGAGGAAUCGUCGAGUUACCAGCCGAGUGCUGGCCAAGGUUGAGAACAUGGUGCGAAAGGAGCCGAGAAAUUGGAGAUCCUUGAAGAGCGAGGAGGAGCUGGAGCAAACGUUCGUUAAGCCAACGAGACCGUUUUACGAGCUCGAGAUAUCGCUGCCGUCGACGAGGCUUGGCCGGCAGCGCAGUUUAACUGACCGCGACACCGAUCAAGCUCGGGAUGCCUACGUGGAGAUUCUGCCGGGUGAACGAGUCUUCCGAACCGUCCCGAUGGCCACGAUUUCUCGCUCCGUCCAAACGAACCUCGAGGGCAAAGAGAUCAGCGUUCAAUCGCACUUUGGAUACCCCAAAAACAAAUGGACGCAGUACGACCAGCUGACUUUCCAAGAUCCUGAUAAAACCGAAGAGCCGAAGGAUUUAGAGGGAGUCGCUGAGGCAGAAGAGCCUGAAAAUGACGAGGAGACGGAUACGAAGAAGGACACGACGGUGGCGGACGAGAGCAUCGAUCGAGAGCCAACGGGACCGACGCCUUUAGAAAUUUUCUUAAACGCCCGUUCCCCCGAAGUGAUAGACGUCGUAGAAUUCAACACGGCCAUCAACAUGCACUCCGACGACAUUGAUAAUCUUGCUGGCAAGUGUUUUUCAGAUCCGGAACAUGAGCCCGGCUUGGAUUACGAAGAUCGAGGUUCUUUCGUCUGCUUGAGCAUCACGAACGGGAAAUCCAUUUCCGACCUCACUUGGCACCCCUUUCGAAGCGGUUUCUUCGCUGCUUGUUACGUCAACGUCGUCAGCGACGCUCCGAUCAACGGGAAGACUUGUCUCGAUCGCUCGAGCGUGCUCGUAUGGUCGAUCAGUGAUUCCCUCGGACCCAGAUUAGUGCUGGAAGAUGCCCAGGAAAUUCAUUCCGUUUCUUUCUGUCCUUAUCGCCGAGACAUUCUUAUCGGAGGCUCGGCCAGCGGGCAGGUCGUUAUCUGGGACCUGAGAGGCAACUUUGAUGAUAAAACAGUGAAAAAUCGUGAAGACCGAGGAGGCAGGGACGCCGUGGGGUCGGUUUCGACUUGCAGCAUGGACCAGUGUCAUUUAGCUCCGAUACGAGCGAUCAGAUGGCUGCCUCCCGACGUGAGAAUAGAAUCGAGUGGGAAAGUGAGCGAACUCUCGGAUAAAACGAGUGUCCAGUUCAUGACAGCGUCGGAAGAUGGCUCAGUGGCCGUUUGGGACCUGCUCUGGCAGCCGAAUUUAGUCGCGUCAGGGAAAAGCUUGAAGGAGAUCGUAACAGCGACGAUGGUGUUCGGCGAAGAUCUCAAGCGGUUGGAUCGAGUGUUUGAGCCUCAUUUCAAACUCUUCGUCAAGUCGCCCAAGGAAGCGAUCAAGUUGACGCUGCUCGACCUUUGUCUGCCGAAUUUCAGGUUCACCGGGUCCGCGAGAAGCCGGGAAAUCUCGUUGGAAGAGAAACCGGAUGCCAACAAGAGAUUGUGGCUGGGUUUGGCCCAAGGCCAAGUGGUCCUGUGCACGUGGCAAGGUCAGGAUUUUGAAACGGAGCCCGCUGGCUGCGAGAGCUGCGAAAUCGUCGAAGAAUCCUACGUCCACGAUGGAGCGGUGAUCCGGGUCUCGAGAUGCCCUCAGAUCGAAAAUCUCCUGCUGAGCAUCGGUGGCCACGUAUUCGCGAUGUGGAAAGACGAUGAAUUGCGUUCGCCGCUGCUCUGGCGAAGGCGACCCGGUUGCGCGUACACCGCCUGCUGCUGGAGCCACGAGCUACCUGGCGUGUUUGUUCUCGGGCGAAGCAACGGUGACCUUGAAACGUGGGAUAUCAGCCGCAAGACGAAAGAACCGGUCCAUCUUCGCAUAAUUUCCGGUAAUUUGAUAACGGGACUUUUCCCUGUCGUUCAGUCGGAGAACGGCGAGGCUGUGAGGCUCGUCGGGGUGGGCGAGGCCAACGGAACCUUCCGGAUUUACGAAGAAACGAGCAAGUGCAGCGAGGACACUAGGCAGAUUAGGACCGAGUGGUUUCGUCAAUUCGUUCGUAAAGAGACCGAACGGAAACGAUUAUUCAACGAGUGGCAACAACGCCAUUUGAAAACUGAUGAAAAAGCACUCGCCAGACGAGCUGGCAGGGUCACCGAAGAGGCCAAAAGACGCCACGAAGAAGCGAGACUCAAAUUCGUCGAAGAACAAGAAGAACUCGCGAGAGUCAAAGCUGAAAGGAGGGCCAGAAGGAUUCCCAAAUCGAAAGAAACUCUCCGGAAAAUGAAUAACCUUCAAGUAGCCAAAACCAUAUUGCUUGAGAAAAAAGGAUUCUCUCCGAAGCAGCUGCAAGCCGCUCGACAACCGCUGCUUCAGCAGCAGGCUGAACAACUUUCAAGAUUCAUUAAGGCUCAAAAAGUUAUUUCCGAACGCGAUACUCCCUUCAACGACGCACUGUGCCUCGAGCUGACGAGUGACCUGGCUCACCAGGAUACUCAAGCUUUUAUUAAAUCUUCCGAGCCUCAGGAGCAAGCCUCAGAAACGACGAGAAACGAAGAUUUCAUCAAGUACACUGCGAUUCGUGACGAAUGUCGUCUUAUCUUGGCCAACAGUCCACAAUUUCCGAGAUUCGAUUGGAACUCGGUGAUGAAGGAAGGACUGCGUAAAAUCAAACAUUCAUUUCCGCUCCAUUAUCCUGGCAAUCCGUCCCGUCAUGAAUAACAAUACUGCGAUACACUUUUUACGGAUGCGUCAUUUUUUGACACCGCUUCGUCGAAGAUAACACGCCCACAAGACUAACAGAGUUUGGUCACGUAUUUGUAAUCGCUGAUUAAGAAAGAUCAUGCGUUAUUUGUCAUCCAAAAAAGCAACUCAACUUUUUUCCUCUUUCCAUGAUCAAAGGAACGAUUGAAAUUUAUUCUCGCAAUUAUUUAAAUAAUGUGUAACUUGUUUGCUGAGAAUGAUCAAUUUUUAAUAUUAUCAUACCGGUUUAAAUACUUUCGUUGUAAAAUCCUCAAGCAAAAUGUGACAAGAGCCAUUUCCUAUUUACAUGCGUAUGCAUAUCUACAUUUUAAACCA